GCUAUUGAAAACCUGAAUGAUGACACUGUUUCUCAACCUCCUGUUAUUGAAUUUAACAAGUUGGAGUUUGUGGAAACGUUAAUUGACAAGAAUGUUAUAACCAUGUUUAAACAUGCUAAGCAGCGAGAUGGUAAUUGGUACGGGGAGGAAAAGUACGCUGAAUUAUUUACUUUCUGGAAACGUUGUGCAGAUUCAAAAAGCACCCAGGAAAAUAAUUCUCAUUGUGAUGAAGCAGCUCUUCCUUCUGUCAACAUCAAUGAAAACUAUUCCCUUGAGACUUCAAAUAUCGUGGUCGAGAAAGAAAAAAUAGAAGAUGAAAAUAUAUUUGUUCGUGAAUCGGUAAUAAAUGAAUUUGUAGCUCAAGAUGUGGAAUUGGUUAUAGAAUCUGACAUAAAUUUAAGUGAAAUAACCGUCGAUGACAUGGUAAUUGUAGAAGAUUCUCCUGAAUCAAGUAAUCAAGCUCUCUCUAAUUGUUUAAGCAAUAAAGAUACAAAUUGUAAAGUUUUAAAGGAAAUUGAGCUUAAUUCUAAUCCAUCAACAACUAUUAAAAAUGAAGAUGUGAAAAAGCCAGAAGCUCAACACGUUUCCAAAAUUUUCAAAGAUAUUUUAUUUUACCCAAAAAAAGAACCAGCUAAACCAGGAAAAAGACAACCAAAAGAAAAAGUUCCAGCAGUUGCAACUGGUGAUAUAUGGAGAAAGUGGAAAAAAGAAAAAGAAGACCAAAAAGAUUUAGCUGAAAAAAUAAAAAAAGAGAGAAAAAUUUUAAGAGAAGCUCGAACUAAGAUAAAAUUAAUUUUCUCGGAUUCUCUUUUCUUAUUGAUAAAUGUCAUUGAAAAACUGGAUGUAACUGAAUGA